UUACCAGUUUUUGAAUUCAAAGAUUUCAAUUGAAAAACUGAAAGGUACCCCAGAUUAUGUCGACCCAACUUCACCGAGCAUGGACAAAAAGUAAGGCUUGAAACAAAGAAUAAGAGGAAAGCUGUUAAUAUUGUUGAUUUUCAAUCUAAUUCAGUAUAUCGCUGCUUCCUUGUUUUAAAUUACUUGAACAUAAAAGGGAAUCCUCUCUUGGUAGCAUGAUGAAUUGGUUACAAGACGACGGGCACCAGAUUGAUGCUAAGGAGGCAGAGAACUAUUUCAAAACAAAAUUUCCAAUUUUUUCUGAAGUUGAGGAGGUCCAAAUUGCCUUCAAAGAUAGGCAGAAUUUCAAGCUAUUUACAAACAUGCGCCUUCUAUUCGUUCACGUCAAGGGUUUAAUCGAGAAGAGAAUCGAGUUUGUGACAAUCAUGUACAGUUCCAUUCAUUCAUUUUCGGUCGAGUCUGCUGGACUUUUCAAACGUUAUACGGAAAUGAGGUAAGAUCUCCGCAUACGAGGUAAAUUAGACACCGGGAAGAGAUGAAUUAAUAUGAAUGCUUCAAUGGAUAAAUUUGUUCUCACUUGGUUGUGAACAUGCGACAUGAUAAUUAAAUAGAUUGCACUUGCCCCACUUGGGUGAACACAAUUGUAUCACACAAGAAUUUCGAACGGGCGAAGCAAAUUUGUGGGCAAUUCAGAAGGUAUGUUUCCGGUAGACCUUGUUCAAUGCCUUUACUUCGUAUUUCUCUAAUCAAUUGAUGAUCAGGUCCUCUGUAAUCACAUUUUGGGAAAAGAUAAAGAUCCCAUAGCUGGAGCUGAUCAGUAUCGAGAUAGUGAAGCUUUCACCAACCUAAAUGGUGUCCUGACAAAUAUGCAGCAAACUAUGGACUGUGCAGUAAUACAAACGACAUUGAAGGCCGAUCCUCCGAUUCUGCAAGGCAGCGAGCAGGUGGAGAUUGCGUUUCAGGGUUUUCGUCAUGUUACUUUGUUCACAACCAAAAGGGUCAUCUUUAUCGACAAAAAACUAUGGAAUGCUGGCAGUAUCAAGUAUCUUUCGUACCCUUGGAGUAGCUUUCUUGCCUUUGAAGUCCAUCCAGCGAACUUCAAACUCUUCGAUACUAAAGUUCAUUUAUACACUGAGCUGCAGUUUUAUCCUGGAGAACCAAAGGACGACGAUAAUCCAGUGAGUAGAACUACCAAGGAAUUGGCGGUGGACGUUAAAUAUCCGUUUCGAGAGCUAACACGCAAUGUUUCAACACUGUUUCAUCACUUUGUUCGAAUUCAAAUUUGAAAUACGCUGCUAGUCAGGGAUACCCGCCCGACCCGAACUAAGUUGUUUGUAAGUGUUUGAUAUUCUACGGAAAAUGACCUUUUGCUGUGCUUGUCAGUUUCUUACAUUAAUUUACAACGAUGGUUUUUCUACCAGGUGCUUGGAGUUUGACAAGAAUUGUGUUGAUGCAAUCAGGCUCAAAUAUUACUUGUCAAAAAGAAUUAUUGAGGUUGACGAUUUGAAGCUGGGCGCUCCUGUUGCAAUGCCUAUCUUGACAGAAGAACAACGUGACUAUGGUCGUACUUUCCAAUGGCUUGGCGAUCCUCAACGAGGCUUGGAUCCCAUCGAAUUGGAAAGAGAGUUCCAUACGAAGUCAAAAAUCCUCCUAGAUGAAGAAAAGAUCUUUCUGGCUUUGAGGUCAGUGUCACAUAUAUUUCUGUGCACCAAUCUUCGUGUAAUGGCUAUUCUGGUAUCUGGUCUAUCGAAUAUGAGGUUUCUGUACACGUCUCUGCCGUACCGCUCGAUUCGUUAUUACAGCGUUUAUCUGGGACCUGCAUCUGUGGGGAUGAAAUCAUCUGUUUGCAUUUAUACUCGCAAUCGAUGGAAUCUUGCCUCUAUAGGAUUCUCAUUCCUCGCCGGGACGGCUGAUGUCUUGCAACUUCAAGAGAUAUUGAGCAGUUUCAUCGUCGGAUGCCAUACUGAUCCAAAAGUAGUCUUCAGACCGAAAACUUGCAUUGGAUACGAGAAAAAUCCAUUUGGGCUCAAUCGUUUUCUUCCGAUGGCAAUCGAAAUUAACCCAGAACAAUUGAACGUCCAAUUUCACCACGUGUAUCCGUUGCUUUUGGAAGAAGAAACUGUUCUUAAGGCUUUGGAACAGGGCACAAAAUUUUUUCUGUACACAAAUCUCCGACUAAUCAUUGUCACUGGACGAAUGGACUUCGUCAGCGUACCCUAUAAGUCGAUCCAUGGCUUUUUCUUCGAGACAGCUGCUCGUUUCGACCCCAAGGCUAGUAUCUCCCUAUACACCACUAGUGCAAGAUGCACCCAAACGGACAAACCACGUGUUUGUAAUCUCCUAAUCUCCUCUGUUAAUAUAUCGCCAAAGCAAACAGAUAUUUACAAGAUGGCUCACUUCAUUUUGGAUCACACGAUCAUUCACCCCCCAACCAAUGUUGGUGCGGCUCCACCAAGAGUGAUUAUGGCCACUGAGGCGGUGCAGGCACAAGAUUCUGAUGAAGGCAUCAUUGUGGCCAGUGAGGCGGUGUUGAUUCGUAAGUGAUUCAAUAGUUCAAAGAGAUAGAUGCGUUCAGCACGUGAUGAACAGGAACGAGAAAGCUAAUGACCCGUGUACACGGAAAUGACAAAAAGUCAGAACUUUAAUAGCGAUCAAUUGUAAGAGUGCUCUGAUGCUAGAGAUGUAAAAUUUGAGUAACCUUUCUUCAACCAGUAGUAGCAGCUCCGAAUGGGGGAGAACUCUGCCGUCUUGCUCCAGUUUCCUAGUUACAAGCAAUGUCCUUGAUUGGGAUCGAGACACAAAUCGCUGUAGUUGCGAAUUAGAUUUCGUUGCAAGCUGUCUUGCUGGAUUAAAAAAGAGCGAGUGUUGCAAUAUGUCAUAUCUGUGGCGUUGCUCGUACAGCGAGUGUACUCAGAAUUUGUAUCGGGGGAGCUCAUGUUGAAGUAGUACUAUAGUGUGACAAUUAUAGUAAGCGCAGUCGAGAGCUUUAGCUCGAGACUGCGAUGUCGCCAAAGAUAGCACAGUCUACAAGAGCGACGGGUCUGACUGAUGAAGCAACUGCCCACAUUGUCCAUCCUCAGGACCGGGUUGCCUUCAGUUGUCGAACUCACUGGGCAGCAGAGUAGUAUGGGCAGAUGCCGAUGUCCUUGUCACAGCCGUCUCCUACGGUCACUCUGUUGCAAAAUUCCCAUUACUCUGCCUUUAUUUUAGGACUAUUUCAGAUUUGAAUCCAAUAUCCCCUGUCCAUUUGGUGAUGGGCGAACUCAUUGGUUCGAUCGUGCCAAAUCUGUUGUUUUCUGUUUCGUCGGAUCUCGCCUCCAACGGUCGCUCUAUUGCCAGCAUUUCAGAUUGGAAUCAAUUAUGCCUUGUUUACUCCUUGAUGGGCGAGCUCAUUGCUUCGAUCGUGCCAAAUCCGCUGUUUUCUCUUUCGUCAGAUUUGGAACGAUUCGCAGCCAUCUCCAACGGUCUCUCUAUUACCGGCGUCCUUUACUCUGCCUUCGUUCGCCAACUAUGCCCUAUCUAUUUGAUGUUGGGCGUCUCAUUGCUUCGAUCGUGCCAAAUCCGCUGUUUUCUGUUUCAUCGGAUUUGGAACGAUCGAAAGAUUCAAUUGAAAUUUUUAGUUUUGUGCCGUAGGUACUAGUAGGAUUAUUUUUGUUACAAGUAUUACAGUAUUACUUAUUAUUUUCUUGUUUUUGAUAUUUUUACUGUAUUACCUUUACGUACUGUAGUUAUUUAUUUACUGUAUCGUAGCUAGUCGUAGAAGUUCGAACAGCAAUGGAACUGUUACAUGUACCUUUACUAGUAGGCUUCUUUACAAGAUUAAAAAAAUGAGACUCCUGAAGAUACUGUAUUCCAGAAGUAAAAAAAUACUACAAAUUAAAAAAAAUUCAACGGAACAAUCAUCAUACGGCAAUCAAUACUGCAAAGAAGCUACUUCGACGUCUUCUAAGACUUGGUGCUUCUUGUACGCACUAGAAGUACAGGACACUUCCACGCCCACCACGUGCUGAUUUUGUUUCCGUUGGAAGCCAGCAAGUGUAUUAAAUACCUGAGAACACGAACCUCCAGAGUGAUGAUGGAACGAGCGCACACUCUUUCCGAUUGUAGGGCACCGAUUGAUUUCAUCAAUCGGUUUGCUCACAAUUCUGUUUCGAAGAAAGUGAAAACCAAAUCUAAUCCUAUCCAAUUCCUCAAAAUACAAACUAUGUUUUCCUCGAAGAUUCUCUUUGCCUUCCUUCUCCUUGCCGCAUCCGUGCAAGCUGAUCUACGUGGUGCUUCUUCAAGUGUGCUAGAUGUAAGUAAAAGAUUUAGCUUUUU